UAACAUUUAAAAAAACAUAACCUUACUUUUUAAGUAACAAAAUGUCCGAUGAGGAAGUUAUUCGAAGACGUUUACUAAUCGACGGAGAUGGAACUGGCGAUGAUAGGCGGUUAAACGCACUUUUAAAGGCAGUUAUAAAGUUUGCAAAUUCAUCGGAUGACUCGGAAACUGAAAAUCAAAUUAUUUUUGAUAGGAUGCUAUCCCAAAUAGCACAGUGCGAAUUUGCUAUGAGACGAUCGCUUCUACUACAAAAAACGAAUCAAAGAGAAUUGGAAAAUUACAAGAUAAUUCAAAGUGUUUUGGAGGAGAAAAUAUUGAAGGUGAAGAAAGCAAUUGAAGAGAUUAAAAUUGAAUUAGAGCAAGCGAAAAUUUUAAAACAAAAUAUGAUGAUGUACGAUUUAUUGGCUCAAAGUAUUCAGGAACAACCUGCUAGAAAAGAUACGGAUAAACGAUUGAUGGAGCUUAAAGCGGAACUGGGCGAAUUGAGGGAAGAAAAACGAUUGUUGGAGCAGAAAUUGGAUAUGAGAAGGAAACAAUUUCAUGUUCUCAUUUCAAGUUGUAAUCAAUUGCAGAGUAUGUCCGAGGAUAAAAGCGAUGAUGAUCAUAUGAAUACUUCUUUGGAUGAUAUCACUAAUAGUCCUGGUCCGGAAGUUAUGUCUGAAUAAAUUUAAUAAAUACACAUUUUUAUAUUAA